ACUGUUACACGCUUUCUGACGUUCCACUAGCGAGGGCUCGAGACUGGACUGGAGAAGCACGGAGGAGGAGACGCGAGGUUGUCUGACAAGAGAGUGUUUCUUGGUCUGCUGCUAGCCAGAGCUGUGUAUUACCUUGCAGUUUGAGUUCCAGGGUUAGAGAACGUAUUUGAUAGUUUCAUUCAUCUAUUGUAAAAGUUGAUAGCUUCAGAAAUUAAGUUUUCAACAGAUAAACAGGCUGUUAAUUUACACAAUCUGGGGUAGCUAGCUAGUUAGCCGAAACCCUCACAGACCGUUAUCCCAUUAUUUUGAGUGAAGACGAGAGACACAGCUAGCUAGCUACUUAACACACGUAGAAAGCUAACCUGGCUGGCUGGCUAGCAAAUUUACUCAUUCAAACGUUAUACCUCAUCGGGGACAGACACAGGCCCGUUAGCCAGCGAUAUCAACAACUUUACUUCAUUGAACAACUAACGUUACAUUGAGACAACAAGUACAUCUACAAUAUUUGUGAAUUCGGGCACCAUGUUUAAAAGGGAUGGCAAGAAGGACCCAGAACUAUUCCAAAAUGUGUCGGAAGGGCUGAAAAAACUGUACAGGACCAAACUCUUUCCAUUGGAAGACACCUACCGCUUCCACGAUUUCCAAUCACCGGCUUUGGAAGAUGCCGACUUUGACAACAAGCCUAUGGUGCUCUUGGUUGGCCAAUACUCUACAGGUAAAACCACAUUUAUCCGGCAUCUAAUGGAGCAAGAUUUCCCCGGCAUGCGGAUAGGGCCCGAACCGACCACCGACUCCUUCAUAGCGGUCAUGCAUGGAGAGCAGGAGGGGUUGAUCCCAGGCAACGCUCUAGUAGUUGACCCCAAGAAACCCUUCAGAAAACUCAACGCUUUUGGCAACGCUUUUCUUAACAGGUUUGUGUGUGCACAGAUGCCCAACGCUGUAUUGGAGAGCAUCAGCAUCAUCGACACCCCAGGAAUCCUGUCUGGAGAGAAGCAGAGGCUCAGCAGAGGUUAUGACUUUGCUGCAGUGCUGGAGUGGUUUGCCGAGCGUGUUGACCGCAUCAUCCUGCUCUUCGACGCCCACAAACUGGACAUCUCAGACGAGUUCUCUGAGGUGAUCCGCGCCCUGAAGAACCAUGAGGACAAGAUGCGGGUGGUUCUGAACAAGGCUGACCAGAUUGGCACGCAGCAGCUGAUGAGGGUCUAUGGUGCCCUCAUGUGGUCUCUUGGUAAAAUUGUCGGCACUCCAGAGGUGAUCCGGGUGUACAUCGGUUCUUUUUGGGCUCAGCCGCUCCUGGUCCCAGACAACCGGAAGCUUUUUGAGGCCGAGGAACAGGACCUUUUCAAGGACAUCCAGGGGCUGCCUCGGAAUGCUGCUCUGAGGAAGCUCAAUGACCUCAUCAAGCGGGCUCGCCUCGCCAAGGUCCACGCCUACAUCAUCAGCUCUCUAAAGAAGGAGAUGCCCAACAUGUUUGGGAAGGAUAAUAAGAAGAAGGAGCUGAUCGCCAACCUGGGGGAGAUCUACACCAGGAUUGAGAAAGAGCACCAGAUCUCACCCGGAGACUUCCCCAAACUAGCUAAGAUGCAGGAGAUCUUGGCAAACCAGGACUUCAGUAAGUUCCAGGUGGUGAAGCCCAAGCUGCUGGAGGCCGUUGAGGACAUGCUAUCCAACGACAUCGCCAAACUCAUGACCCUCGUCCGCCAGGAGGAGGCAGCCAUGCCCAGCCAGUCAGUCCAAGGUGGCGCCUUCGAGGGCACCAUGAAUGGGCCCUUCGGCCAUGGCUACGGCGAGGGUGCAGGCGAGGGCAUUGAUGAGCUGGAGUGGGUGGUGGCACGAGACAAACCCACCUACGACGAGAUCUUCUACACCCUGUCUCCUGUCAACGGCAAAGUGUCGGGCGCCAUGGCCAAGAAGGAAAUGGUGAAGUCCAAGCUGCCCAACACAGUGCUGGGGAAGAUCUGGAAGCUGGCUGACGUUGAUAAGGACGGUUUCCUGGACGACGAAGAGUUUGCCCUUGCCAAUCACUUGAUCAAGGUGAAGCUUGAGGGGCACGAGCUUCCCACUGACCUGCCAGAACACCUUAUCCCCCCCUCUAAAAGGGGACUGUAGAGUUGGAAAUCUGUCAUAUAUGGCAUUGGGAUAGGCCUGAACAAGUAGAAUGGGGCUUAGAGGUUUUUGGGAGAGAGGGGUGGGUGGGAUGAGUUAAAAGGGAAAGGGUUAGUAUUUUUGGCCAAGGUAAAUAUGACCGUUAGUGGGUGUUUGAGUGGAAACCGUCUAGAUAAGGUGUUCUGGAGGUGUGGGGUAUGGGAAUGUGACAUAAAUUGUGGUGUUGGGGUGAAAUUAAUGUUAGAGACUGUAUCUAUAUGACAAUUAGCAUAGUCCAUUCAAAAAUAGAAAAGAAAGAGAAAAACAUUUAACUUAUUAAUCACCUGUGAAUCCCUGUCUUUAUUAUUACUUAUAGUUCUCAUCUUUAUCAUAAGACGUUUGAGGUCAUUUGUGCACACUCCUUCAAUACAAUCACAUUUCAAUUUCCACAUUGGGCCAUGUUCAAAAGUGAAUUAAAUGUAUUGUAGGGCCAUCCCUUUUCAUUAUUUUUUUCUCAUAUAAGAGGGUUUGUAUACUUAUACAGGUCACUCAACAAAUCAAUAAACGAUUACAAAGAAAUAAGGGGAACUCAUAACAAAUAUAUGCUGGGGAAAAUGUUAUUUAAUCCUUGUCUUCCAUUAAAUUCGAUGUGAUUUGUGUCCGAGUUUAGUCAAUUGUUUAUUCUACUUACAAACGUUUAACCAUAAUAUGAUAUAAUUUCUAAUCAAAACAAUGUGUAUGUUUUUCUAAAGCCAUUAUAAAGCAAAGUGUUCUUAGAGUCUGAAAACAAGAGUUGCAGAAGCACAGAGAAAGAGUUGCAGAAGCAAGAGAAAGAGUUGCAGAAGCAAGAGAAAAGUCUGAGCCUUUUGGGUAAAACACUGGGGUGAAUCCUCAAAGGAAAUGUGGCUUUUUAGUCUUGAAACAAGAGUUGCAGAAGCACAAAUAUAGGGCUACCUGGUGGCAGGGCAAAGAUAGGUCACCCCACAAUGAAUAAUAACAAUAGACAAUGUAUUACAGUGUAUUCUUCCCAGCAUGCCAAAUACUUCUGCUUUGUUCUCUUGUGUAGACUCAACUGACAUGCAGACGGAUCAUCAACCUUACGUUAUUGUAACAUUGGGGAUGAAGGGAGAAUGAUAAGUUCAGAUUGUUGUCCCUCAUAUUGUCACUGACUUGUAGAUUUAUUAGCUCACAGACAAACUUUUGUCUUGGACAACGUUGCCUAGCUACCUGGUGUCUUUUGUAACAUCUGUCUGAUAAGUCUCCUGUAAACCAUAUAUUUUGUCCAAAAUUAUUAAAUUUGUGAAAUUUAAGCUACAUUUUAUGCCGUUUUUUUCAGUCAAUUUAUCAUGAUAUGAUUUUUUUUUAAAUAUCGUCCAGAUUUAGUUGGGCAUACAGUAUGCAUUGGCAAGAUGUCUGAUCAAAUAUAUUUAUGGAAAACCAAUUAACUGAUUUUAGGGGAGAGUACCAGCUUCAAAAUCCCAGUUUGAUCCCUGGCAGUCACAUCUUUGGUUAGCCUUCAAUGACAGUCGCUGUAGAAGUUUAUGUAGAAGUGCCUCAACUUUACAGCCCUCUUAAAUGUUCAUAUGUACAUUGUUUUUAGUCUCUAUUUUGAAAUAAAAUUGUAUUAUAAUA